UUCUACAGCAAGUCUCUCCUCUUGAAACAGGCUGAUGCUGAGGAAAGUUCAGCAACUAGGAAUUCAAGAGUGGAGUCACUGCAGAAAGAGAACGGCAGCCUGAAAAUGGUGAAUGCCCGACUGCAGAAGGAACUGAAAGAGUCGGCCAGGACUAUUGUGCAGGCUGAAAUGAAGCUGGUCGAGUACAAAAAUGCUAUUGAAAAACUACUGGAUAAGUUGAAAAAUAAGAAAAAAGUGAAAUUUAGUCGAGUGGACAAAGCCGAAGAAAGCGCUUCGAAAGAAAACAUAAGAAAUCAGAGUAUCGGAGAAAAGUGUAACAAAGGAGGUGGUAUAAACAAGAGUAGAACUUUAACAGUUAUAGAGGAAGAAGAUUCGAUUAUCCAAGACAUAGAAGACUCUCCUAGAAAUAAUACUCAUAAAGUAAUAAGCGUCAACAAAGAAGAGAUAAUCUCAGUGUUAAGUAAUAAACAAGAUUGCGGGUCAAAUUCAUUACAACUGAACGAUAUGCUGAUUCUAGUUGAUGAAGACGGUUCAGAUGAAGAAAUGGAGACAGACUAUGUCGAUGCGGAAGCAGCGGAUGAUGGUGAUAAUGAUGAUGAUGAUGAUGAGGAGGAGGAGGAGGAGGAGGAGGAGGACUCGUACGUGGAAACGGAUGAAGAUGAGGAGGAGGAGGACGAAGAAGAUGAGGAGGAGGAAUUGAGACAGCUGACCGAGAACCUUGGCAAGAGGAGGCGGAGAGGCAAGGGCAGGAAGCCGAAAGUGGUGCACCAGUGUCAGUACUGUCAGAAAGUAUUCCCCGGGCCGGCACAUCUCACCAGACAUCUGCUGACACACGACGAGAAGCUGUUCGCCUGCAACGUAUGCCAAAAACGGUUUCGCACCGCGAAGUGGCUUGCAUCACACGCCAAAGUGCAUCUCAACAAAACGUUCAGCUGCGACACCUGUGACAAAACGUUCAGCACACACUCGUUGUACCUGAUCCAUGAGAGGAUGGUGCACACCGGCGAGCGGCCCUACGCUUGUCAGUUGUGUGACCACAAGUUUGUGAUCAAACGUCAUUUAAAUGAGCACAUGUUCCAAUUGCAUUACACUGAGUUCAUGUAUACGUGUGAGGAGUGUGGGAGAAAGUUUGAGAAGGAAUCAGGGUUGACGGAACAUAUGAAACAACAACACACAGGGGAACGUCCGUUCAUGUGUGAGUUUUGUGGCAAAGGGUUCAAGAAUACAACCCAUUUGAAAGCUCACUUGAAUGCAACUCACGGGGAGAAACCCUAUCAAUGCGACCUGUGUGAUAAGGGCUUUGGAUCCACUUACAACCUCAGCAAACACCGCUUGGUGCAUAGCGACGAGGCUCAAUUCUCGUGCGAGUUCUGUGACGCCAAGUUUCGCUCGCAUUUUAAUUGCGUGAUGCACAUGAAGCAGCACGAGGGAGACAAGCCGUUUCCCUGUGAGUAUUGCAGCGAACGAUUUGCCGACCGGAAACAGUUGGACGAGCAUUGGAGCUCGCACAGCGUGGACCGGCCUUUUGUUUGUGAUACUUGUAAGAAGAGAUUCGCAAACUCGAGACUCCUAAACAGUCACCGCCAGAGUCAUACAACUGAAAGGAACUUUGAGUGUGAGAUUUGUAAUAAGAGGUUCAAACUGAAAAAAUCGUUGAAAGCUCACCAGCGUACCCAUACGGGGGAAACACCGUACGAGUGCUUUGUUUGUAAGCAGCAGUUCUCACAUAAACAAAUACUAAUGCGCCAUUUGAAAGUGAUGCACUCGGGUCAAAUCGACUAUCAGUGCGGUAUUUGUGAUGUGAAGUUCCCGGAGGAGAGUGAUGUGGCAGUGCAUAUCAAGGAGGUGCACCCCGGCGAUGAACCUUACGAGUGUUUGAAGUGCAAAAAGAAGUUCAAGACAGCCUACAAAUUGGCGGCACAUAAGGAGAAUGAUUGCGAAAGCUUGCAGUGCGAUUUUUGCGAGAAGACGUUUAAGUACAAGUCAGCACUGGAAAUGCAUUUGAUAUCGCACAGCGACGUGCGACCCUACAAAUGCGACUACUGCGAAAAGUCGUUCAAGUCUUUGCAUUUCAGGAACAUCCACGUGAAGAAUAUACACACAAGCGAGCGUGUGUUCAGGUGUGACUUGUGCGGCAUGCAGUUCACGGCCAAACACAACUUGGCGCGACAUGUGCGCGAUGUCCACAUAGGCGUUAAGCGAUUCCAGUGCGACUUGUGCGACAAGGUGUUUGCACAGAAGUCAGUGAUGAUGACUCACCGACGCACACACACGGGCGAGAAGCCAUACGAGUGCAGCCACUGUGACAGCUGUUUCACUGAGAAGAGAGGACUUCUGAAGCAUAUGGCCGUGCAUGAACAAACCUUUCCCCAGUUGCCGGCCAGCUAAUGGGUUUGUUAGAUUAAUAAUUACCAAAAUAGACCUUCAAACGUACAAACAAUAUAUAAUACACGAUGAAAUGAAUACUACAGUGUGUAUAUUCAAAUCCUGAGGAGCCAAAGUUUUCAAAAAUUGACUAGCUAACUGUCUGUAUAUUUGUAAAAAAUAUUUAACUAGUAGUUUUGUAAAUAGUAGACCUCGCCUCCUAUUAACCACAGCCUCCUAUAUUAAUGUUCAUCAGAGUAAACUCUGUCCUAUUUUGUCGUGUCGGCGAGAUAUCUGUGUGAAAACGGCGAAUGACUGUUUGGGUUGGUGUAUCGUCAAUGCUAAUAAUCUCUUGUAAACUACUAUCACCAAAAGCUAAUUUCCUACAAGACAUACUGGCAACUGGUCAGCCCGUGUUGAAAGCAGAGAAAGGUCGAGAGAAAAUACCAUGUUACUUUGAGUUAUUAAUUGCAUGCAAUUAAUAAUCCACUCGACAGCUGAUUUAUUAUGAUCUAUCAGGUAACCCGUGCUCCGCAAGGGUCUGAUUAAAAACUUGGUAAAAUGAAAACUUGAAGAAUUUAAAAUAGGCUUAUAACCAUCAUUGGUAAAUUAAGAAUCAAUAUUCAAAAUAGUCAAUCAGUUGGUAGGUCAGACGUGAAACGUUUUCAGCACUACUGGAAUAUCGGGGAUGAUAUUCUACAUCUAAUUGUGUGGGGAAUUAUCUAAUUGCGGGAAUAGAGAAUAGAGUAAGGAAUAGUUGAUGCGUAUGUGUAUUAUAUUUAUUCUGGUCUCUGGUUGUUGUUGAAUUAGUCUGUUGAAGUGAUGAUACAAUUUCGAAAGUUUUCUUUGACAGCUCUUGGAGCCUUGAGAUUCUGUUUUACUUCAUUAGGUUAAAAGCUAUCACUUCCCAAACUAUCGGUAUUUAGAAUACUAUCUGAAGUUCUUGUAUCUGCAUAUGACACAUUAAGAUGAAGUGUCUCAUCUUUUAACGCAAAAGUUCUAGAUUUUCUCUUUUUUAGUUUGAGUAACAUCGGUGCAAGUUUUUGCCAAUUAAAAUUACAGUUAGCUACCGAGGUGUCUAAUAUAACCUACAAAUUUGAGGUAGAAUUCGAGUGAACACUAUCGCAGCGACUGCGAUUGUGGAUUUGUGGUACAGAAGCUAGGGGAAGCGUGGUGCUCACACUGAGCUAAAUACUGCACCGGAGGUAGCACUGGUUGAGAAAGCAGCGUACCGCCUAAAAAAAAACCCGGAAGCCAUCUUUAGUUGAGGAGUUACUGUAGCGGGAAUUCAAAUUUACAACGGAAUCACACUUGGAGACAGCCAUCAUUUAAUCUUCAAACUCUUUCUUCCAGAAUAAUUCUGAGCAAAAAUAUAUUACAUUUCAAUCAUUAUUAACACACCUGACUAUUUCACAAACGUAAUACAUGAUCUUGAGAACAAAGGGAUGCAAAUUAUCAAGUUUUAGGACAUGAAUCCUUCUCGUUUCAGUGACCCAAGUUUCUCUUACCGUCAUAGUCAAAGGUCUCAUGUAAUAAUAGGUUACAACAUUAAUUUUGUAAUUAACAUUAAACUAGGGAGUGUGAAUUAUUUAGUUCAAAAUCCUUAUUCCAAUUCACCAUGAUUUUUCAUGAAGCCUAUUGGAAGCCAGAACAGUAUUAAAUUUAUUAGCAAAAGUAGUAUUCAUCACAAAUGUGUGUUACUCUUACUUUGCUUAUUAAAUUCCUUUUGAUAGAAAUUCAGUAGCCUACUAAAAAGUUAAAUUCAGCUAGACAGAGUUAGCUACUCUCAACUAUAUUUUAUUUUUGGUACCAUAACUCUUACUGUAAGUUGAAUUGUUUUUAAUUUACUUGACCGUUAUAUUUAUGUCAAGAUAAGUUGUACUAACCUAUUGUAUUAACUUAGUACUAAGUUAGUAUUAACUUAAUACUAACUAAGUUGUAUUAACUUAUUUUUACUUUGAUUUAAUUUUUGCUGAGUACCUUAAAGGUGGCCACUCACAGACCAUCCAUUUUGCUGUAGCAACACUACAAACACUACAACUUCAAUAAUGUGACAAUAUCACUACAAUAAUAUUACUAUUAUUCAACUUUCUUAACAUAAAAAUACCUUUGGUAACUUUUGGAAUAGUGUACUCUACAUGACGAUUCCACUUCAAAUUACUCUGAAUAAAUCUGUGGUCAGAUGGCAUAACCUGAUAUGUGCAUUCCAAAUGUUUUUUUCAGGAGAGCGUUUUAAAGUUUUUGAAAAUUUCAUAUUGUAUUCACACAUCUGGUAUUAUAGUAAUAUGGGCAAUACUUAUGAAUAUUAUUACUUAAAUCCCUUGUUAUAAUAUACAUA